AUGUUGGUGGUGGCUGGACCUCCUUGGGGUGCCCAGGCCCGCCGUGCCCAGGUGUUGACCAUCCGGGAGAACGUGGAGGAGGGCUACCCCAUCCUGCAGUUGCGGGCCACCGACGUCGACUCCCCGCCCAACGCCAACAUCCGGUACCGCUUCGUCAACGAGCGGGCCGCGCACGCCGUCUUCGAGAUCGACCCCCGCUCCGGCCUCAUCACCACCAGCGGGCCGGUGGACCGGGAGAAGAUGGAGAGGUAUUCCUUGGUGGUGGAGGCCAACGACCAGGGGAGGGAGCCGGGGCCACGAUCCGCCACCGUCAAGGUCUACAUCACGGUCCUCGACGAGAACGACAACACCCCGCAGUUCAGCGAGAAGCGCUACAUCGUCCAGGUGAGGGAGGACAUACGGCCCCACACGGAAAUCUUGCGCGUCACCGCCACGGACUUGGACAAGGACAACAACGCGCUGGUCCACUACAACAUCAUCAGCGGGAACAGCCGGGGCCAGUUCUCCAUCGACAGCGUCACUGGGGAGAUACAGGUGGUGGCCCCACUGGAUUUUGAGGUGGAGCGCGAGUACGCCCUGAGGAUCCGGGCUCAGGAUGCAGGCCGCCCUCCCCUGUCCAACAACACUGGCAUGGCCAGCAUCCAAGUGGUGGACAUCAAUGACCACGCCCCCAUCUUUGUUAGCACCCCUUUCCAAAUUUCCGUCCUGGAGAACGCCCCCCUCGGCCACUCUGUCAUCCACAUCCAGGCCGUGGAUGCGGACUAUGGUGAGAACUCACGCCUGGAGUACAAACUGAUGGGAGUUUCGGCCGACACUCCCUUCGUGGUGAACAGUGCCACGGGGUGGAUCACGGUCAGCGGGCCCUUGGACCGGGAGCUAGUAGAGCACUAUUUUUUUGGGGUAGAGGCUCGGGAUCAUGGCUCUCCAUCGUUAUCUGCCUCUGCCAGUGUCACCAUCACUGUCAUGGAUGUCAACGACAACCGCCCCGAGUUUACCCAGAAGGAGUACUUCAUCCGCCUGAACGAGGACGCGGCCGUGGGGACCAGCGUCCUCAGUGUCACGGCGAUCGAUCGGGAUGUGAACAGCGCCAUCACCUACCAGAUCACGGGCGGCAACACGCGGAACCGCUUCUCCAUCAGCACGCAAGGUGGGGUGGGGCUUAUCACUCUUCCCCUGCCGCUGGACUACAAGCAGGAAAGGCGCUAUGUGCUCACCGUGACGGCUUCUGACCGCACCCUGCGGGACAGCUGCCACGUUCACAUCAACAUCACUGAUGCCAACACGCACAGGCCCGUGUUCCAGAGUGCCCACUACUCUGUGAGUAUCAACGAGGACCGGCCUGUGGGCAGCACUGUGGUGGUAAUCAGUGCCACGGAUGAUGACGUGGGGGAAAACGCCCGCAUCACGUACUACCUCGAGGACAAUGUCCCUCAGUUUCGCAUUGAUCCAGACUCUGGGGCCAUCACUUUGCAGGCAGAGCUGGACUAUGAGGACCAGGUCACCUACACGUUGGCUAUCACGGCCAAGGACAACGGGAUCCCCCAGAAAGCGGACACCACCUACGUUGAAAUCAUGGUGAACGAUGUGAACGACAACGCCCCCCAGUUCGUCAGCACUCACUACCAAGGCAUCAUCUCUGAGGACGCGCCUCCCUUCACCAGCGUGCUCCAGAUCUCUGCCACUGACCGGGAUGCCCACACCAACGGGCGAGUGCAGUACACCUUCCAGAAUGGGGAGGAUGGGGACGGAGACUUCACCAUAGAGCCCACCUCUGGGAUUAUUCGCACUGUCCGCAGGCUGGACCGCGAGAACGUCCCCGUCUAUGAGCUGACUGCAUAUGCUGUGGACAGGGGCAUCCCUCCUCAGCGAACACCUGUCCAUAUUCAGGUUACUAUUCAGGAUGUGAAUGACAACGCCCCCGUCUUCCCUGCGGAAGAGUUUGAGGUCUUGGUGAAGGAGAACAGUAUUGUAGGCUCUGUUGUUGCCCAAAUCACGGCAGUGGACCCAGAUGAGGGACCCAAUGCCCAGAUCAUGUACCAGAUUGUGGAAGGCAAUAUCCCUGAGAUAUUCCAGAUGGACAUCUUUUCUGGAGAGCUCACAGCCUUGAUAGACCUGGAUUAUGAGACAAAACCCGAGUAUGUGAUUGUAGUACAGGCCACCUCUGCCCCUUUGGUCAGCAGAGCCACAGUCCACAUCAAACUCAUUGACCAAAAUGACAACAGCCCUGUUCUCAAGAACUUCCAGAUCUUGUUUAAUAACUAUGUGUCCAAUAAAUCCAACACCUUCCCCUCUGGGGUCAUAGGGAAGGUCCCGGCUUAUGACCCAGAUGUGUCCGACCGCCUCUUCUACACCUUUGAACGGGGAAACGAACUGCACUUGUUGAUUGUAAAUCAAUCGAGCGGGGAGCUGAGGCUGAGCCGUAAACUGGACAACAAUCGUCCACUUGUGGCCUCCAUGCUGGUGACUGUCACAGCAUCUUUGUUCAUGAGAGCUCAGUUUGCUGCCGAGAUCCAGAAUGGGGGAAACCUGAGAGUUAUCUCAGUGGAGAGCGUGAGGCAAGGGAGAAAGCAUGGGAUCCACAGCGUGACGGCCCAGUGCGUCCUGCGGGUGAUCAUCAUCACAGAGGAGAUGUUGGCCAACAGCAUCACGGUGCGGCUGGAGAACAUGUGGCAGGAGCGCUUCCUCUCCCCGCUGCUGGCCACCUUCCUGGAAGGGGUGGCCACUGUGCUCGCGACGCCCAAGGAGGAUAUCUUCAUCUUCAACAUCCAGAAUGACACGGACGUGGGCGGCACAGUGCUCAACGUCAGCUUCUCGGCCCUGGCACCGCGGGGUGGGCACUACUUCAGCUCGGAGGAGCUGCAGGAGCAGCUGUACAUGAAGCGCAUGGUGCUGACGGGUGCCUCCAUGCUGGAGGUGCUGCCCUUCGACGACAACGUCUGUCUGCGGGAGCCCUGCCAGAACUACAUGAAGUGCAUCUCCGUCCUCAAGUUCGACAGCUCGGCCCCUUUCAUCGCAUCCCCCUCCACCCUCUUCCGGCCCAUCCACCCCAUCACCGGCCUACGGUGCCGCUGCCCCCAGGGCUUCACUGGGGACUACUGCGAAACGGAGAUCAACCUCUGCGAGAACUGCGAAGUGGACAGCCGCUCGGGGCGCUGCGUGCCCGGCGUGUGCCGCAACGGGGGCACCUGCACCAACGGCGCCGACGGGGGCUUCCGCUGCCAGUGCCCGGCGGGCGGGUUUAGCACUCUGGAGCCCAGCGGCCUCCUGCUCUACAACGGGCGCCUGAACGAGAGGCACGACUUCCUGGCGGUGGAGAUCAUCAAGGGGCAGCUCCAGCUGAAAUACUCCACAGGAGAGUCGAGCACGGUGGUGAGCCCAUACCUGCCCGGGGGUGUGAGUGAUGGGCAGUGGCACACACUGCAGCUCCACUACUACAACAAGCCCAAGGUCAGCGCCCUGGGGGUGGUGCAGGGCCCCUCCAAGGACAAAGUGGCCAUCCUGACAGUGGACGAAUGCGACGCCUCGGUGGCCCUGCAGUUUGGCAGCGAGAUUGGGAACUACUCUUGUGCUGCGGAGGGUGUGCAGUCCAGCUCGAAGAAGUCCCUGGAUCUCACAGGCCCCUUGCUCCUUGGAGGGGUCCCCAACCUGCCUGAAAACUUCCCCGUCACUCACCGGGACUUUGUGGGAUGCAUGAGAGACCUGUACAUUGACAGCAAACGUAUUGACCUGGCCUCCUACAUCGCCAACAACGGAACUGCUGCAGGCUGCCACGCCAAGCACUCCUUCUGCGACUCCAGCCCCUGCAAGAACGGCGGCACCUGCUCCGUCAGCUGGGGGACCUACUCCUGCCUCUGCCCCGUUGGCUUUGGGGGCAAAGACUGCCGCCACCCCAUGCACCAUGCCCACUAUUUCCAGGGCAACAGCAUCCUGACCUGGGACUUUAAGACAGACGUGAAGAUCUCGGUGCCGUGGUACCUUGGGCUAGCAUUUCGGACACGCCAGCCAGACGGGGUGCUUCUGCAAGCCCAUGCCGGCCAGUACACCACCCUGCUGUGCCAGCUGGCUGGGGGCCUGCUCUCCUUCAUGGUGAGCAGGGGGUCUGGGCGCAGCACCAGCCUCAUACUGGACCAGCUGCAGCUCAGCGAUGGGAGAUGGCACGACCUCCAGCUGGAGCUGCGGGACGUCCGCAGCGGGCGAGACUCUCGCUACGUCAUCACCCUCACCCUGGACUUUGGGCUUUACCAGGACACGGUGGUUGUUGGAAACGAACUGCACGGCCUGAAGGUGAAACACCUGCAUGUGGGGGGAAUCCUGAGCUCUGGCGAGGUGCAGAACGGGCUGAGGGGCUGUAUACAGGGCGUGCGAUUAGGUGACAGUGCCACUGGGACCGCGCUGCCCAAGCCCAGCCAUGCCCUGAGGGUGGAGGCUGGCUGCAGCGUGCCAAGCCCCUGCGACUCUAGCCCCUGUCCAGCCAACAGCAUCUGCAAGGAUGAGUGGCAGAGCUACUCCUGCGUGUGCCAGCCAGGGUACUACGGAGGGGACUGCGUGGAUGUGUGUCACCUCAACCCCUGCAAGAACAAGUCGGUGUGUCGCCGCAAGCCAGGCUCGCCCCUGGGCUACGUAUGCGAGUGUGGAGGGAGCUUUUUUGGGCAGUACUGUGAGCACAGGAUGGACCAGCAGUGCCCGAAGGGCUGGUGGGGGAACCCCAGCUGCGGGCCCUGUAACUGCGAUGUGAACAGGGGCUUCGACCCUGACUGCAAUAAAACCAAUGGGCAGUGCCACUGCAAGGAGUUCCACUACCGCCCAAAAGGCAGCGACACCUGCCUGCCUUGCGACUGCUACCCUGUGGGCUCCUCCUCGCGCUCCUGUGACAAGGAGACGGGCCGGUGCCACUGCAGGCCCGGCGUCAUCGGGCGCCAGUGCAACAGCUGUGACAGCCCUUUCGCCGAGGUGACGCCCAGCGGCUGCGAGGUGCUUUACGACGGAUGCCCCAAAAGCCUGAAAAUGGGUGUGUGGUGGCCUCAGACCAAGUUUGGCUUCUCAGCUGUGGUGCUGUGUCCCAAAGGCUCCUUGGGCACAGCUGUCAGACACUGUGAUGAGGAGAAGGGCUGGCUGGAGCCAGAUCUCUUCAACUGCACUUCACCUGCCUUCAAGGAGCUCUCCACGCUGCUGGAGGGCUUGGAGAGGAACGAGACUGAACUCAACACAAUUGAAGCCAAGAAGCUGGCCCACCGGCUCCGGGCCGUGACAGACCACAUGGACCACUACUUUGGCAAUGAUGUGCACAUCACCUACCGCCUGCUAUCCCGCCUCAUGGCCUUUGAGAGUCGGCAGCGUGGCUUUGGCCUGACAGCCACUCAGGAUGCCCACUUCAAUGAGAACCUGCUGCGUGCGGGCAGCUCCGUGCUGGCGCCUGAGAACCGGGAGCACUGGGCCAUGCUGCCGUACAGCGAGCAUGGCAGCGCCAGCCUCAUGGAGCAGCUACGGGACUACUCGGGCACGCUGGCCAGCAACAUGAAACUCACCUACCUCAACCCCGUCGGCGUCAUCACCCCCAACAUCAUGCUGAGCAUCGACCGCAUGGAGAACCGCUCCCACGUCCGCCGGCGCUACCCUCGCUACCACAGCAGCCUCUUCCGUGGCCAGCCCGCCUGGGACCCUCACACCCACGUUGUGCUGCCGCUCUCUGUGCUGAGCCCUCCAAAAGCCGAAGCUGCCCCCACGGCAGUGCCCACCUUUGCUGGGGGUGAAGGGAACUACACUGUAGAGAGCUCCUCUCCGAGGCAAGCACUGCCAGAGCCCGAGCCCGCUCUCACUGUGAUCAUCCUCAUCAUGUACCGCACCCUGGGGGGGCUGCUCCCUGCACGCUACCAGGUGGAUCGCCGCAGCAUCAGGCUCCCCAAGAAUCCCGUGAUGAACUCCCCCAUCGUGAGCGUGUCUGUGUUCAGCAAUCACACCUUCCUGCGAGGGCCCCUGGACGCCCCUCUUGUGCUGGAAUUUCGCCUGCUGGAGACAGCCAACAGGAGCAAACCUCUCUGCGUCCAGUGGAACCACUCCAACUUGACCAACCCAUCGGGCUUCUGGACAGCCAGGGACUGUGAGCUUGUGUACAGGAACACCACGCAUGUCCACUGCCAGUGCUCCCAGUUUGGCACCUUCGGGGUCCUGAUGGACAGCUCGCACCGGGAGCAACUGGAAGGUGACCUGGAGACACUGGCAGUUGUCACCUAUUCCUUGGUGUCUCUCUCCCUGGUGGCCCUGCUGCUGACCUUCUCCUUCCUGACUUGCCUCAAAGGCCUCAAGUCCAACACACGUGGCAUCCACUCCAACAUAUCAGUCACCCUCUUCUUCUCUGAGCUCCUCUUCCUGCUGGGCAUCAACCGCACAGAGAACCAGUUCCUCUGCACUGUGAUCGCCAUCCUCCUCCACUGCUUCUUCCUCUCUACCUUCGCCUGGCUCUUGGUCCAGGGCCUCCACAUCUACCGCAUGCAGACUGAAGCCCGCAACGUCAACUUUGGGGCCAUGCGCUUCUACUAUGCCAUCGGCUGGGGGGGGGCCCCCACCAAGAUUGUCCCCCAGCCAUGGCAGAAGUGCUGGCUGGCUGUGGGCCUGGAUCCUGAGGGCUACGGGAACCCUGACUUCUGCUGGAUUUCCAUUCAUGAUAAGCUGGUCUGGAGCUUUGCAGGCCCCAUUACUGUCGUCAUUGUGAUGAAUGGGGUGAUGUUCCUGCUCGUGGCCAAGAUGUCCUGCUCCCCAGGCCAAAAGGAGACCAAGAAGAAGUCGGUUCUCAUGACGUUACGGAGCUCCUUUGUUCUACUUCUAGUUAUUAGCACUACCUGGCUCUUUGGCCUCUUGGCUGUCAACAACAGUGUCCUGGCUUUCCACUACCUCUACACUGUCCUCUGCAGUCUUCAGGGCCUGGCCGUGCUGGUCCUGUUCUGUGUCCUGAACGACGAGGUACAGGAAGCCUGGAAACUAGCCUGCCUCGGCAAGAAGGCGCAGGGGGAGGAGGCCGCCAGGAGCACGCAGGGCCCCAAUGCCUACAACAACACUGCGCUGUUUGAGGAGAGUGGGCUCAUCCGUAUCACCUUGGGGGCCUCCACCAUCUCGUCUGUGAGCAGCGUGCGCUCUGCCCGCACCCACUCCAGCCAGCGGGGUUACCUCAGAGACAACGUGACGGCACGUCAGGGCUCAGCCCUGGACCACAGCCUGCUGGGGCACACGGGCCCCACAGACCUUGACGUGGCCAUGUUCCACCGCGACGCUGGUGGAGAUCAAGACUCGGACUCGGACAGUGACCUAUCUCUGGACGAAGAGCGCAGCCUCUCCAUCCCGUCCUCGGAGAGUGAGGAGAACGUGCGUUUGCGGGGCCGCUUCCAGCGGCAGUUCAAGCGGGCGGCCCACAGUGAACGGCUCCUCACUAACCCCUCCAACACCACUCCCAAAGACGGGGAUGGCAAUGACCUCAUGUCAUACUGGCCAGCUCUGGGAGAGUGUGAGGUUCACCCCUGCUCCCUGCAGAAGUGGGGCUCUGAGCGGAAACUGGGGUUUGACAUCAACAAGGACGCAGCCAACAAUAACCAGCCGGACCUGGCCUUGACCAGCGGGGAUGAGAACUCCCUCACCCAGACCCAGCGGCAAAGGAAAGGGAUUUUGAAGAACCGCCUCCAGUACCCUCCGGCUCUCCAAGGCUUGCCAUCUGUUGGCAGGAUGACCAAUGAGUUGUCAUGGUACAAGACCUCCACGCUGGGUCACAGGGCUGUCCCCGCUGCCUCCUACGGCAGGAUCUACUCUGGGGCAGGCAGUCUGUCGCAACCAGCAAGCCGGUACUCAUCACGGGAGCAGCUCGACAUGCUGAUGAGGAGACAGAUGUCCCGGGAGCAGCUGAGCAGGAACAAUUCAGGAGAGUGCUUGGAAGCUGUGCCCAGCCGGCACGGGUCCAGGGAGGAGCUGGACACCAUCCCCAGCCGGCAUGGGUCCACUGAGCACCUGGAAAACCUCGACGCCCUCUGCGAUGUGCCCCUCGACGCCUCGUUCCACCACGUCCCACAGCGUUUCGGAGCUGUCGCCAGAUUCGGAGAUGUGCACGCGCGCGUAUGCUCGGCCUCCACCGCCAAGUCCCUGCUCUUCCGGUUCCUGCCCUUCCUGCGCUGGCUGCCCCGCUACCCGGUCAAGGACUGGCUCCUGGGGGACAUCAUCUCAGGAUUCAGCGUGGGCAUCAUGCACCUGCCCCAGGGGCUCGCCUACGCGCUGCUGGCUGGGCUGCCGCCCGUCACCGGCCUCUAUUCCUCCUUCUACCCCGUCUUCCUCUACUUCUUCUUUGGGACAUCCAGACACAACUCUGUGGGUCCCUUUGCUGUCAUGUCUGUCAUGAUCGGGAGCGUGACAGACUCCCUGUUGCCCAGCGAGAAUUUUCUGGAGCCCGUGAACGGCACCAACAUGACAUCAGUUAAUGAAAUGCGGCGGGAUGCUGCCAGAGUGGAGCUGGUGGCCACGCUCACCGUCCUGGUGGGCAUCUUCCAGGUGGCCCUGGGCCUCCUGCAGUUCGGCUUUGUGGUGACCUACCUCUCGGACCCGCUGGUGCGCGGCUACACCACCGCCGCCUCCGUGCACGUCCUCAUCUCCCAGCUCAAGUACAUCUUUGGCAUCUCUCUGGGCGAGCACUCAGGGCCGCUCUCGCUGUUCACGACCUUCAUCGAAAUCUGCCAGAACCUGCCAAAGACCAACGUGGGCACCCUGGUGACAGCCAUCAUCGCCAUGGUGGCCAUCUUCAUCGUGAAGGAGCUCAACCACAAGUUCUCCGCCAAGCUGCCCAUGCCCAUCCCCAUCGAGCUCAUCACGAUUAUCAUCUCCACCGGCAUCUCCUACGGUGUCAACCUGAGCUCCAAGUUCGGCGUCUCCGUGGUGGGUGACAUCCCCAGCGGGUUGAAGCCGCCCAUGGCCCCUAACAUCAACUACUUUGGGCAGGUGGCGGGCAACGCAUUCGCCAUUGCUGUGGUGGGCUAUGCCAUCUGCAUCUCCUUGGGCAAGAUUUUUGCCUUGAAGCAUGGCUACAAAGUGGACAGCAACCAGGAGCUGAUAGCUUUGGGCUUCUGCAACUUCCUGGGUGGCUUUUUCCAGUGUUUCGCCAUCAGCUGCUCCAUGUCACGGAGCCUGGUGCAGGAGAGCACUGGAGGCAAUAGCCAGGUGGCUGCUGUCAUUGCGUCCCUGGUCAUCUUAGUGACCAUCCUAAAGAUCGGGGAGCUCUUCCGGGACCUGCCCAAGGCCAUCCUAGCUGCUAUCAUCAUCGUUAACCUCAAGGGCAUGUUCAAGCAGUUUGCCGACUUCCGCACGCUCUGGAAGACCAACAGGGUUGACCUGAUGGUUUGGAUCGUGACGUUUGUGGCCACCCUCCUGCUCAACUUGGACCUGGGCCUAGCAGUCUCAGUGGCCUUCGCACUGCUCACCGUCAUCUUCCAGACCCAGCUGCCUCACUACUCCAUCCUGGGGCAUAUUUCUGACACAGAUAUCUACAGGGACGUAGCCGAAUACAAGAAGGCUCAGGAAGUCCCUGGUGUGAAAAUUUUCCGCUCCUCCUCCACCAUCUAUUUUGCCAAUGCGGAGCUAUACACCGAGGCCCUGAAGAAGAAGGAUAUGGAGAAUGGGCCGGGCAUUGCGGUGAUCGAGCUGAGCCGGGACGCGGCGGAGGGCAGCACACCUGCUGAGCCCACUCUGCGCUCCCUGGGCCUCCCUGUGCCCGACUUCCACACCGUCAUCCUGGACUUCAGCCCUGUCAACUUCAUGGACACUGUCUCCAUAAAGAUCCUGAAGAACAUCUUCAGGGAUUUCCGAGAGAUAGAAGUGGACGUCUUCAUUGCUGGCUGCCCAGCAUCCGUCAUCACCCAGCUGGAGAAGGGCAACUUCUUCAGCCAGACCAUCACCAAGCACCACUUCUUCACUUCGGUGCACGACGCCGUGGUCCAUGUCACUGGGCAGCGGGAGGAGGCCCUGGUGUGCUCCAGCACCAAAAUGUAG